AUGCAGUUUACACUGAGGAUGUCUUCAUGGGUGCUGGGAAUUUUUGUCGCUUUUUUAUCGACACUGGGGGCUUGGUCCUAUGAGGAGUAUCCGCAGUAUCUUCAUCCUCGAUAUGGAGGUCGACCCCAACAGUCGCACUACUCCCUGACGAGGAGAUGGAGUGACUCCUGGGGUGACGGACCCCGAAGGAGUCCCCUGUACCGCCGAGACACGGAGGAGCCCUCGAAAAUGCAAUACACAAGACUAGUCCGGCAAUCGGAGCCCAAGUCGGACCCCCUGAUGACCAUCAGCGAGACCCUGGGGGCCCUGAAUACGGUGGGGAGCUACAUAGUGAACAUGACGAGGGGAGUCGACUCCGAGAGCCCCCCCAAGGAGCUCCCGUCCGCCAUCUACACGAUUUCGAAGAAUAUUCUCGGGAGAAACGUCACCGACAGCAUCGCACCUCUGGUGCGGGGGGUGACGCUGCCCCUGAGGCCUGCGGCGACCCCAGAGGCCCAGGGCACGACCCCGGUGGAGACUGUGGUCAACAGGGACAAGGAGGCUGCCUCCUCGACCUGCACGACCUCCGAGGGGGCACCCGGCAAGUGCCAGGACUUGAGUAAUUGCCCUCAACUGCUUUUGGAUCUCACGAAGUUGAGGCAGUCGCUGUGUUUCAAGAGCUUGUUUGUCCCCGGGGUCUGUUGCCCUGUUGACAAGGCCGAUGGGGCUAAUUUGAGCCCAGAGACGGGUUCAUCGGUCAGUGAAAGUGGACGUCCCCCGAGGCCCCAGCGUCCACUCAAGCCGGUGACACCGCGGCCAAUUCCUCUCUAUCCGAUAGCCACUUCCACCGUUAGCACCGUGCUCAAGCCACUUCCGGUAGGAAAUGGCUCGAAUGGUUUCGAGGGAGUUGACAGCAUCGAGAAUAAUUUCAUUCAAGACGACGAAGAAUGUGGAGUCAGGAAUGCUGGAAAAUUUCGAGUGGUCGGGGGAGAGGAGGCGCUUCCGGGACGUUGGCCCUGGAUGGCAGCGAUUUUUCUCAGGGGAACUAGGAAAACUGAAUUCUGGUGUGGAGGCUCUCUUAUAGGGCCUCGGCAUAUACUGACGGCUGCGCAUUGCACUAGAGAUAUGCGACAAAGACCCUUUGCAGCUCGUCAAUUUACAGUACGUCUCGGUGACAUUGACCUUGAGCGUGACGACGAGCCGUCAUCCCCGGAGACAUACGAAGUGAGGGCAGUUCACGCACACAAUAAAUUCUCACGAGUUGGUUACUACAACGACAUUGCCAUACUGGAGUUAAGUAGAUCCGUGAGAAAAACCCCUUACGUCAGACCAAUUUGCCUGCCUCAGGGUCGUUACCUCUCGGAAGUUUUCGCGGGUACGAGACCCACAGUUGUCGGCUGGGGAACGACCUACUACGGGGGAAAGGAGAGCACCGUGCAGAGGCAGGCAGUGCUCCCGGUCUGGAGGAACGAGGACUGCAAUGCAGCAUACUUUCAGCCGAUAACUGGCAAUUUUCUGUGCGCUGGCUACAGCCAGGGUGGCAAGGACGCGUGCCAGGGCGACUCCGGGGGGCCACUCAUGCUUCGGGCCGAGGGGAAGUGGAUGCAGAUUGGAAUCGUUUCUUUUGGGAACAAAUGCGGCGAGCCCGGGUACCCGGGGGUCUAUACCAGAGUCACUUCGUAUGCUGAUUGGAUCAAAACUAACGUGAAUUAA